AUGCUAGACACAGCUAGCAAUGGGAACUUCCUCAACCAGGAUGUAGAUGAUGGCUGGCAACUUGUGGAGAACAUAGCUAACUCAAAUGGAAGCUAUGGAGAAGAGUAUGAUCGCACCAACCGGAGCUCGACCCACCACUCGAUCGAGUCAGACGAAAAGUUGAGAAAAGAUGUUAAGGCAUUGAAUGAGAAGUUGGAUAAGCUGAUCCUAGCUCAGUCCACAAUGAAGAAAGUCAACUUUGUGUCUGCUGAGGAGAUGGAACCAGUCCAAGAAGGGGAGGAUACACAAUUUGCUGAGGUGUGCUACAUGAGCAAUGGGCAAGGAGGUUACAACAAAGGAUACUAUAAUUACAAGUCCAACCCUGCCAUGUCAUACCGCAACACUGAUGUUGCUAACCCUCAGGACCAAGUAUAUCCUCAACAACAAGCAGCUCGAUCGAGUCAGGUGCCACAACAUGGGCUUCCCCACCAACCGCCCCAGCCUGCACCUUCACAAGAGAAUGAGCUCAAGGCAAUGCUAAAGCAACUACUUCAAGGGCAAGCUGAUGGGGUAGUGGACACAAGCAAGAAGCUAGCUGAAAUAAACUCUAAGAUCGAGAAUCUCAACACAAGGGUUUACUCUCUGGAGAAUCAUGCUUCUUCUGUUGCUGCUGCUACAAAGCAAGGACAACUACCUGGUAAAGCUAUUCAGAACCCCAAGGAACAGUGCAAGGUCAUCUUCACUCAAGAAGGACUUGUUGAAGAAGAGGAUCAAGAAAGGGUCAUUGAAGAUUUUUGUUUACUGCUGAAUGAUGAAGAGAUUGUUGCUGCUGAGGCUCCUGGAGUCCAGAUUGAUCAACCAGAAGUGCAGGCACCUACUGUGGCCAUUCACACUUCACCAGUUGAGCUCGCACAACAAGCUCGAUCGAGCUCGAUCGAGUCCUCUAGCUCGAUCGAGUCCCAACCUGUUUUGCUUGAUCCUUACCAACCGGUUGCCGCUUCCUCGUCUCGCCUACUUAGUCAAGGUCACAAGGAAGUGAUUCACAAGUUCAGAAGAGAUCUCAGUGGGAUUGGAAUUGAGUUGCCUCCUAUGGAUAGCAUGAGUGAGGCAUUUGAUCAAAUGCAAAUGGUCAAGGAUGUUCUAGCCAACAGUGAUAAAGUUUCAGAGGUCCUACAAGAGUCUACUCAUCAGUUCAACCUGCUUACUUCACCCACCUUCCUACCAAAGGUCAAGGAUCAAGGGAAAUUCACUCUCCCUUGCACACUUGGGCAUCUUGAGAUUGACAAUGCCUUAGUGGAUUCUGGAGCAAGCAUCAAUCUGAUCUCUCUCUCCAUGGCAGAGAAGCUAGGCAUUGCUGGAGCCUUGCAGCGCCCUACUACUUCAAUCAUGUUUGGAGAUGCAACUUCUAAGUCUCCUCUUGGAGUGUUCAAGAACUAUCACUUGAAAAUUGGAGAAUGCAUCAUCCAAACUGAUCUCACUGUGAUGGAAAUGGAAGAAGAGAAGGAUUUACCUCUGUUAUUGGGAACCCCUUUCCUUAGUACAGUUGGCGCUUCAAUAGACUUUCACAAGCAAGAAGUGAUCCUUCACAAGGUGAAUAGUUUGGUGUCAUAUCGCUUGCAGCCUAGAGGUUCAGACUUUUGUGCCACAAUUGACAGUACCACUCUCAGUUCUAAGAGUCAUGGAGCUACAAAGGUUGUGAAGGAAAGGGUUGACAAAGAACCAAGAGUUGGGAAGGAUAAGGAUGAGAGAGGACCAAGGAUUGAGAAGCCACGUCUUGAGAGGGCUAGAGUUGAGAAACCACGUUCUGAUAGACCACGAGCUGAUAGACUUGUUCAAGCCCCUUGUGUGCUUGAUGAAGAGAGCCUUCAAGCUUUGUUUGAUGAGCCACUAGGAAGGGCUCUAAAAGAAGGGGAGGAUGUAGCCUCUAAGGCAAGACCAGGGAUAAAAGAAAGAUCCACCAGCUCAGGCCCCUUCAUCAAGCCAUCUCAGCUCACAAUGACUUUGUUCCCCACCAAGUUUGAAAAUGGGAAGAUUGAGUACAAGAUAAGGUACAAGGGGAGAUCAAGGCCAUUCUCUAGAGCCAAGGCCUUGGUGACUUCAGAACAGUCCAGGGACCCAACCAAGCUAAAGGAGCUUCUGUCUCAAGUCCUCACUAUCACCCUUGAUGGUGGGACUAGCUCAACCAAUGCCUAA